AUGCUACGUUCCACAUUCAUCUCUGGGCUCGCUGCUAGCUUCAUUACCUCGGUCACACCGGUGGCAUCUUUAUCUCUUUCUGCAGAGGUUGGGAGUGCGCCCGCCAACAGUGGUGACUGCAGAUGCUUCCCUGGAGAUGCCUGCUGGCCGAGUACAGAUGAAUGGAACAGCUUGAAUGAGACGGUCAAUGGUCGUCUCAUUGCUACUAUUCCUCUCGCUGCUGCAUGUCAUGACGACCAGUAUGCUGCCUACGACAGCGAGAGAUGUGCUGAGCUACAGAACAACUGGCUAAACCCUGAAACCCACUUACCAAGCUCGUCUUCUGUCAUGGCUCCCUUCUUCGCCAACCAAAGUUGCGACCCCUUCCAACCUCGCUCAGCUCAAUGUGUCAUUGGCACUUACGUUCAGUAUGCCAUCAACGUCUCUUGUGCCAGCGAUGUCGUCAACGGCUUGAACUUUGCCAUAGACCACAACAUCCGCCUCGUCGUCCGUAACACUGGACAUGACUACAAUGGUAAGAGUACCGGUGCCGGAGCGCUCGGUCUCUGGAUGGCCAAUCUCAAAGACACCGAGAUCAAGGACUGGUCCGACAAACACUACAAAGGCAAAGCUAUCAGGGUCGGCGCCGGCAUUCGUGGUGGUGAAGCUUACAAGAUUGCCGAUGCUGCUGGUUAUCAAGUCGUCGGUGGCGAGUGCCCUACCGUCGGUAUUGCUGGCGGCUACUCUCAGGGUGGCGGCCAUUCCGCGUUGACUUCGAGACACGGUCUUGGUGCUGACCAAGUUCUGGAGUGGGAAGUUGUUACCGGCACUGGACGUCACCUUAUUGCCAACCGCCAGCAGAACACUGACCUCUACUGGGCUCUGUCUGGAGGAGGUGGCGGCACUUACGGUGUCGUUCUCUCCAUGACUUCGAAGCUGCAUCCUGAUACACCUACUGUUGGUUUCAAUCUGACCUUCACUAGUGCCGGCAUUCCCAUGGACACAUACUAUGAAGCUGUUACCGCUUAUCAUGCAUCUCUUCCCAAGAUCGUUGAUGCUGGGGCCAUGAGCGUCUGGUACUUCACCAACGAAUCCUUCGCCAUUUCUCCCAUCACAGCUCCUGGUGUCUCCCUGGAUGAGCUUAAGUCACUGCUGGCUCCCUUCAUGAACAAGCUCGACCAACUCAACAUCACCUACAACCACUACUUUGGCGAGUUCGCUACAUACCUUGAACACUUUAACACCAUGUUCUCGCCUAUUCAGGUUGGUAUUGCACAGUAUGGUGGUCGUCUGAUUCCUCGCUCGGUGGUCGAGAACAACAACACUGCUCUGACCGAUGCUUUCCGAUUCAUCAAUGAAAAUGGCGGUCAAUUCAUUGGUGUUGGCAUCAACGCUUCACUUGCUCGUUCCGGCUUCCCUGAGAACGCAGUCAACCCAGGCUGGCGCGACGCCUUGAUUGACACGACCCUCACUACCCCUUGGAACUUCACUGCUCCAUGGGAGGAGAUGGUUGCCAAUGCAGACAAGAUGACCAAUCUCCUGAUUCCCAAGCUUGCUGAGCUGACUCCCAACGGUUCUUGCUAUCUCAACGAAGGUGAUUUCCAACAACCCAACUUCCAGGAAGUUUUCUAUGGCAAAAACUACCAGAACUUGAGUCAGAUCAAGGAUAAAUAUGAUCCUCACCAUAUCUUCUACGCUACUACUGCUGUCGGAUCAGAUUAUUGGGUACCUCAACAGGAUGGAAGACUUUGUAAAGCUGCCUAG